CCUUUACAUUAUAAUACCCCUUUGACAUUAAUUCGCGCUUAACAUGACACUUAAAUUUGUAGCCGGGCAGAUUGGUUAUUUCAAGAGGGAUUUUAUUAUAGAAUUUGAUACAAGAUAAGUAAAGUGCCAGGAAUUGAAAAUUUUAGUGGCAUUAUCACUUUGAAAUUGAUAGAUAGCUUCUAAAAAUACGGUCAAUGCGCCAUUUUGCUGGGGGUAGUGUCUCAAUGUUAUUUUUAUGUUUCAUUCAUUGUGCUGUGCAGACGUUCUCCAUUUUUUAAUCUUAGCAAUGUUGUUAAAUGUCUUUGAAUUUAAUAAAAAAAAUUUUUUUUUGUAAAUUUCAAUAAUAGUUUACUACAUAAAUAAUACAGUGCUUAGGUAAAUGGUAGUUUUAACUUGUACUCUGUGUAAAUGUACAGGAAUCAUUCUAUACAAUUUAUGUAGUAUAAUAAUAGCUAAGUAAGAAGUAUAUGUACAUAUUUUUUUGUAUUAAAUGUAUAAUAUAAGUUGCAUGUUUCGACCAACAGUGCAAUGAUGGACAUUAUCGUUUUAUGUUGAUCGAAUGUCUAAAAUUUUAUGUUAUGUGUUUUAAAACCUUAUAAACUAUUUUGUUAUUAUUAAAGCUUUAUCCAGUUCGCCUUUCUGUAAAAUUUAACAACUACUGACAGAAUAAGUCAAAAUCAUUUGCAAUUAAUAAAAAAAAAAAAUCUGUCACACGUGGGAUGAGAGGCAAGGGAGAGCAUGAUUCUUGCAACUAGCCAAAUAAAUAAACCUAAUGAAUUUCUUCGGGAACAAAAUAUCACGUCAUGAGACGGAAAUGAUUUUAGCUAAACGUAAAUAAAAUUCUUACACUUCUAGCUCACACUAUGCAAAGUGUCUAAAACGUUUCAUAGACGCUCAUUCAGUGGGUGUACUAGCUAUUGCUUAAAUAAAUCUACACUAAACUUAUGUCCUAAAACUGCGCCAAUACAUAGCAUAUUUUCUAGGAUUGAUUUAUCUAAGCAAAAUGUAUUUGAACCGGACAGUGUCUAGCCUUCAAUUGUUUUUAACUGAAGCGAUAUUCAAUAGCGACGUGGCUAGCGGCAACAGCGUAGGGGGAAGUGCAAGGGAUUGCUAAGAUGAAAGUCGUUUAGUCGAAUUCUGCCCCAAGGCCCGCAUCUGUGAUUUUGUCAAACGAUGAUUAAGACUGAAGAGAGAAAUGCAGGAGACGUACUUGGAACGGCUUUCGAACACGCGAAGGAACAUUCUCAUCGUCCUGCGCUAUGGCACCGUGAUACCUUUCAAUUGGAAUACGAAAGGGUACAGAUGCUUUUACUGUUCGAAGCAGAUGAAAGAUUGCGAAAACCUUAAAGAGCAUACGAUGAUUAAACACGCUGAGGUCAACUUGGAAGAUUUUAUUCCAAAGAGAAUUAUUUCCAAGGAUGUUCCAGUCAAAAUCGACGUCACUCAGCUCGGUUGCAAAUAUUGCCCCGAUUCACCUUUAAGUACUCUUGAGGAUUUGUUUGAACAUUUAAAAAUUAAUCAUGGAGAGAGUUUUGAAUCUACCGGAGUAUGCUUUAUCCCUUUCGUACUUAAUAAAGAUGUGAUGCGUUGCGUUAUCUGCGAGAGUCAGUUCGAUAACUUUUCCAGCAUGAUCAGUCACAUGAACAAGGAACAUAUAAACCACGCCUGUAUAUGUCAAAUCUGUGGACUUAGUUUUAUUGAUCAAGUUCGCCUAAAAAGACACAUAAGCAACAGUCACAUAGGACAUAGAUGUUCUAUCUGCGGCAAGAUGUUCGAAGCCACUCAUAAAUUAGAGAAACACAAGCAAAGGAUACAUGGAUUAAUGAAAAUUCACGAGUGUAAUCUUUGCAGUGCAACAUUUGAGAACAAAUACAGAGUCAAAGUGCAUAUGGGAAAAGUGCAUAAUGUUGAAAAAUAUAGAAUCCAAUGCGAGCAUUGUCCAAAGAUUUGCACCACUAAAGGUGCAAUGUUGUUACACGUCCAGUCAUUGCAUUCUGAACUGAGAUAUGAAUGUGAUCUCUGUGAUUAUAAGACCGGGAUUAAAUGGAUGAUCAAACUGCAUAAACGCAAGCACUUCGGUGAAAAAGAUUACUUCUGUAGUAUCUGCGAGAGAAGUUUCGGGCGUUCGAGUAAUUUAAGGGCGCAUAUGAAAGUCCAUACUGGAGCAGUAGGACGCGUUUGUCGAUUUUGUAGACGUGGUUUUGUCAAUUUGGAAUGUCUGAACCAGCAUGAAUAUGAGUUUCAUUACUUCGAUAAUUAUGAAUAGAAUUUUUUGGUAGAAUUAGGUGCAUUAAUAAUAAACUAAAUAUCUUUAUUUAAUAGCUUCGGAAUACUUCAAUACUGCUCUACCACAAACUGACUUCGUAAACUCUUUGUAAAAAAAAGAUCACUUAUAAUAACACUCAUUGAUAAAAAUAAACAAACCCACUCAUACAUGCUUAAAUACAUACAAACACGCACGUGUAUUCAAAUUUGUGAUAGUCAUUAGUCAUGUUAAAAUAAAAAUUAUUGUGGGUACUUACAUAAUAGGUACUUCGAAUAACAAAAUAAUCGAAUGCAAAUAUAACUAUUCUUGCUUAAUCAAAUGUCAAGGUGAUUACUUAACUUUACUGACAAGACUAUGCAAUUAUCCGAGAUAAACUGUAUAGUGUAGAAUAUUGAAAACAAAUACGAAUUUGACUUCAUAUUUAAUCUUUUAUUAAUCAAGUAACAGUCGAUAAGAACACAAUGGCAACUGGCGCUAUAACUCCUAUCUUACCAAAUUAAUACUUACCAGUAAAUAUAUAAACAAUAAUAUAAUUGAUACUCCUAAUAUACAAACUUAAGGAACUCAUAUUGGAUACUUAAUUUUAUUAAAAAUAAAUAAGGAACCUAUAUCCUUCACCACACUUUAAAUUUUCUUCGAUCAAAUUUCAACCCUUGACGGUGCGCUGAAUCAGUUACACUGUCCAUUGCUUGAUAUCUCCCAUCUGGUGACAAAAAAAGAACACGUUUAGUUCCUGACAUGCCAGGCGACUAGCGAGGGUGCCAGGCGUGCUUUGCAGCCUAUUGCAAUAAUUUUGGAGCGUUUAUUUCAACUCUAUACGUCAGAUGUAGUAAGCCGUCUUUCCGUCCAGAUAUGGCCCUAGAUUGUCUUAAGAUACCCCAAGGUGACAAUGUAACUUAUUCUUGCUACUAAAUCACAAUAUUCCGAUUAAUAUGUUAAAUUAUUUAUAUUUGAACCUUGCAAUGCGUCAUUAUUUCUGCACUUUUAAACAUGAGAUAAUCCUCCAGUAACGCAAAAUAACCCAUUUUAAAUUUAUGUUAAGUUUUCUGGCUGCCUCUAGAAUCCAAUAGCACCUCUAAAUAAA